UGGCUUUGGCACAAGCGUGCACUAAUUGCAGUUAUAAAUUCAACUUGAAUAACUUGAGAAAUGACGUCAGGCAAAAGCCUGCUCGCUGAUUGGACGACCUAAUCACAGUCGCUGCGACCUGCUCACUCAUUGGCCGGUCUGGCUCAGUCGGCAGCCACCCACUUUCAUAUAGAAAGGGGUUAACGCUCUGCCAUUAUGACAUCUAUAAUCAAGUUGCAGCCCAUGUCUGGUGUAUUUGAUGAGGGUCCACUAUGCUACCUGCUGCAAGUGGAUGAGUUCCGGUUUUUGUUGGAUUGUGGAUGGGAUGAAACUUGCAACAUGGUUCAUUUAAAAGAAUUAAAAAAGCACAUUCAUCAGAUCGAUGCAGUCUUGCUAACAUAUCCAGAUCAGCUUCAUAUUGGUGCGUUACCAUAUGUGGUUGGUCACCUAGGCCUUAGCUGCCCAAUUUUUGCUACCAUUCCAACGUAUAAAAUGGGCCAGAUGUUCAUGUAUGAUUAUUACCAGUCUCGGCAUAAUACAGAAGAUUUUGACUUGUUCAGUCUAGAUGAUGUUGAUUGUGCUUUUGAUAAGAUUGUUCAACUCAAGUACUCACAAAUUUACCCAAUGAAAGGUAAAGGUCAUGGUUUGACCAUAGUACCACUAGCUGCUGGACACAUGAUAGGAGGAACUAUAUGGAAAAUUACCAAGGAUGGAGAAGAGGAUAUAGUCUAUGCUGUUGAUUACAAUCACAAAAAGGAGAGACAUCUGAAUGGCUGUGGCCUGGAGUCCAUUGACAGGCCAUCACUGUUGAUCACAGAUGCAUUCAAUGCCACCUACCAACAGUCACGGCGACGCCUAAGAGAUGAACAGUUACUUACCAACAUUCUGCAGACGAUGAGAAAUGAUGGCAACUGUUUAGUGGUUGUGGAUACAGCAGGGCGUGUGUUAGAACUGGCUCAUUUAUUGGAUCAGCUUUGGCACAAUGAGGAUUCUGGGCUCAUAGCCUACUCUCUCGCAUUUGUCAAUAAUGUCAGCUACAAUGUUGUAGAGUUUGCCAAAUCCUUGGUAGAAUGGAUGAGUGACAAAAUUAUGAGGUCAUUCGAAGACAAGAGAAAUAAUCCAUUUCAGUUUAGACAUGUUCAACUCUGUCACAGUCUGGCGGAGCUAGCUAAAGUUCCUGAACCCAAGGUGGUGCUAGCAAGCGUGCCGGACCUGGAAUGUGGGUUCUCCCGAGACUUAUUUCUUCAGUGGUGCUCCAACCCAAAGAACUCUAUUAUUCUCACAAGCAGAACUUCCCCUGGUACCUGCACUCGGCAGCUGAUUGACAAUCCCAGCACAAAAAUGCUAAACCUUGAGGUGCGAAAAAGAGUAAAGUUAGAAGGAGUAGAGCUGGAAGAGUACAUGCACAAUGAGAAGGAACAGCAGGACAUUGAAGCAAGACGAAAGGCAGAGGCACUUUUGAAAGAAGAGGAAUCAUCAAGUGGUGAGGAGAGUGGUGAUGAUGACAUGGAUAUGGAUGUAGUUACUGUCACCCAGGAUACUAAGGUUUCCAAACAUGAUCUUCUUGUCAAAGGAGAGGGGAAAAGUCGUGGUGGGGGUUUCUUCAAACAUGCCAAAAAGUCAUACCCAAUGUUUCCUGCAUAUGAGUGCAAGAUCAAAUGGGAUGACUAUGGCGAAAUCAUCAAGCCUGAAGACUAUAUGAUAGCAGACAAAGGGCCAGACAUGGAAGAAAAGCUAACUAAAGAAAAUGGUGAUGUUGUCAUAGAGGAAGAGGAACAAGAUAUCUCGAAUGUUCCAACAAAGUCUGUGAGAUCUAUACAGAGGUUUCCACUGAAUGCGUGUGUAACGUAUAUAGACUUCGAGGGUAGGUCCGACGGGGAAUCUUAUAGGAAGAUCAUCUCCCAGAUACGACCCCGACAACUGGUUUUGGUGCAUGGCACAGAGGAGGCAACACUGGCAUUAGCAGAUUAUUGCCGCAUCACACCGGGCAUCGUUCAGGAGAAGGUGUUUACCCCUCGAAUGCACGAGAUCAUCGAUGCAACCACAGAAAGCCACAUCUACCAGGUGAAACUGAAGGACAUACUCGUCAGCCAUCUUGAAUUCUGCAAGACCAAGGAAACCGAGGUAGCAUGGGUGGAAGGGCAGAUAAACAUGGCAAACAAAGUAACUGACACAAGUGCCAUGGAGGAAGAGGAGAUGGAAGAUUCCAAGCUGAAUACAGAUAGCAAACAUACCUCGGAUGAGAAGAUGGAAGCAGACGAAGAGAUAGUUCCUAUUCUCGACUCAGUCCCUAUAUUACAGAUGCCAGGCCACACGGCAGUGUUCAUAAACGAUCUCAAGCUAUCCGAUUUCAAGCAGACGCUCCUACAGGCAGGGUAUCAGGCCGAGUUUUCUGGUGGCGUUCUCGUUAUCAACAACACGGUCGCCGUUCGCAGGACUGAGAUUGGCAAGUUUUCAUUUGAAGGAUGUUUGAGUGAAGAGUACUACACCAUCAGAGAACUCUUUUAUGACCAGUUUGCUAUCAUGUAAUCUCAGACAAUGCAACCAGUGUACACUGAUGCCAAUACCCAUCAACUGCUUACUCUAAAUUCUAUAAGCAGCCGUUCGGUUCAGGUUUGACAAGAUAUAUACUGUUAUACACUGAUAUACACAAUUAUAUAGAUUUACUGUGUAGAGCAUACAGAGGGUGUUAUAGACACCUUCGGUUUGUAAGAUAUUAUUUUCAUUAUAGUUCAUGUAGUAAAUAUAUAAUCAUGCCAAGAUUUC